AUGGAUGAAUUUUUCGAGGAAUAUUCUAGAUCGGGACCAAAGACGCUAUCGGCAAGCAAGUUUUGGACUCAGGAUUUUGCAGAUAAUUUGUUCGAGUUGUUUUACGAUUCUGGAUUUCAAGAUUUGAUUCACCAAAACCGUUCGAAACUCUAUUUACACGAGAAUAUUGCCUAUUUCAUGAGGAAGAAGAAUUUUGAGAGGAUUAAACACUUGUCCAAACUCAACAUUGAAGAUUUAUUGCGAAUAAUGAUUAAAACCUCUGGCAUCUCAUCAUUUUCUCCAAUUAAAGGAAUAACCCUGUGUGAUACUGGUGGACAAAGAACUGAAAGAAAAAAAUGGAAUAAGAUUAUAAGUAAUCAUGGCAGCAAUAUUGUAGAAUGUCUGGUUGUUUCAUUGGCAGAGUUUGAUGAGGUUUGCUAUGAGGACGAUGUCACUAACAGGUAUGAGGAAAGCUUGACUUGUUUUAGGGAGGAAUUUGUGAAUACAAAAGACUUGACCAUUCUCUUUACAAAAUAUGAAGUGUUGAAAAGGAAGGUUUCUGAUGGUGUUCGAUUUUCGGAUUAUGUUUCAGAGUUUAGUGGAAAUGAUUCGAAUGUAGAGGAAGUUAGAGAUUUUAUUAUUGGAAAGUAUGUGGAAUUGGAUACGGAGAAGAAGAUUAGAAAGUUUAUUGUGGUUAAUUCUGCAUUUGAUCAUUUGGAAUUGCAACAGGUUUUUAAUGAAAUUACCGAAACUAAUUCAUUCGAUUCAUAUUUUGAUGAAUAUUUGAAGAAACUUGAUUUGGAAAAGCAAACUGGUGGUGAUGUUGGAGAAGGAAUACAUGAAAAUAUUGAGAAGUGGACAGCCAGACCAUUAUUGGAAGAUGAAAUUCUACAAAUUUCCAACUUUUUGGAACUUGAUGACUUGCUUAAUAUGAACCAAGUUUGUAAAAUGUGGAAUCAUGUGACUUAUAGAGCAUCUCUGAUAUUGAGAAGACCAAAUCUCGAUUUGUUUAUCAAUUCAGGUUAUGAAUUUGUUAAGAGCUUGACUCUUCAAUCGAGAUUUGUACAGAAAAGACACAUUGAGGCUCUUACUCAACCAAAAUUUGCACAAUUGGAAUAUUUAGAUUUGCGAAAUAAUUAUCUAUUGAGACAAGAAGAUUUUGAUAAGUUAUUUGGAAAAACUGAUUUUAAACAUCUAAAAACGCUCUUGUUGGAUUAUGUUGCAUUACAGGAUUUGAAAUUUCUUCAAAAUUCUGCGUAUUUGAGACUGCAUGUUCUUUCUUUGAAUGGAGUGAAAGGAAUUAGCACAGAACAGGUUAUUCAGCUCAUCAAGUCUCCAAGCUGUCAAGAACUGAAGGAGGUCAACACUAAAAAUUGCCCAAACACUAAUACAGAGAUUCUCAAAAAAGAGUUGAAAGUUCCGUGA